AGCUGCCAAGAGGGGAGGAGGAACCGGCUUCAUCCUCCAAUUCCAUCCGAGAGGAGGCGGGGCUUGUUCGGGGAGAGAUAGUGAUGCUCUGCCAGGUGCCAACAAGUGAGAAGUGAAGAGUCCGAGAGGAGGAAGACGAGCCGAGAGACGAAGCGAAGAGACGAGACCAAGCAGAACGCCGACCAACAGGAACCAGAUCCAGAACCAGAACGAGAUCCAGAUCCAGAACCAGAACCAGAUCCAGAUCCAGAUCCAGAUCCUCCUCGUUCUGCUGCCAUGCUGCGUCCGGUGCUGCUCUCCGCUGCUCUGCUGCUCCUCACUCCUCUGGAGAUCUCCGAUGCCCGAGCCCUGCAUCCUGCUCCUGAUGCUGCUCAGUUCCUGGAGCAGUUCCUGGAGCGCUACAACGACCUGCUGACGCUGGACGACCUGGAGAACCUCCUGAACGGCCCGGCCGAGGAGCAGUCCACCUUCUCCUCCUCCGGAACCAAAGCCGCCGACCUCCCCAAGUGGGCCGACGUGCAGCCGGAGACGCCGUGGCUCCGCCUCCUGAAGGGGGCGCUGGCCAAUCAGAAGAGAGCGGAGCCAGACCGGUCGAGGAGGGGGUGGAACCGGGGCUGCUUCGGGCUGAAACUGGACCGGAUCGGGUCGAUGAGCGGACUGGGCUGUUAGUGGACAGGAAGUAGAGACUCUGUAGUUUAGUGUUGAAUUGUUAGAACGUCUGUUAGAACCCACCAGAACCUCUGAGGUCCGGUUCACCUCCAUCCAGCUUGUUCUCUGUGUUCUCUAGCGUUGUGCUCCGUGGUUCCUCUUGCUGAUUCCUUUCAUGUUUCAUUAUGAUUUGCAUGAAUAAAUGGAUUUGACAUUU